CGGUUCUGUCUUAUCUCGUGUUCCAGCCAAACAAUGGCUGCAGUAGUCAUGUUGCUACUGGCGACGCUCAGUCUCUACGCCUUGUCUGCUGUCUGUGAAACGACGUCUGUGUCUGUUGAAAUCCACACCGAUUCGGUCCUUCAUACAAUAGACGACAGGUUUGUUGGUGUCACAUUUGAUGCCAUCCUGAUUCGGAAUGGAUUCCAACAAACUGGUGUUGAUUUUAGGUCGCCACAGUUAAAGACCCUUGCCCGAGCAUUUUCUCCCUGCAUACUCCGCAUUGGGGGCACGGAUGCAGAUGGCGUAACGUUCACCCCAAGUCUGCAGGCACCAAAUGAAUCUAACAGUGAUCUCACAGGUCAAGUUUGGGACGAAAUAAACAAUUUCACCAAAGAGGUAGGCUGGGAUCUCAUCUUUGGUCUCAGUGUGCUACAGCGGAAAGAUGGACACUGGGACCCGAGCAAUGCAGACCAACUGCUCGACUACACCAGCCAGAAAGGAUAUGACAUCUACGGCUUUGAACUGGGCAAUGAACCUAUCAACCUUCCUGAUCAUUACAAUACAAGCAUUGCUGGCUCCCAACUGGGAAGAGACUUCCUCACCUUUCACGACAAUCUACGAAAGCGUCCCUACUUUAAGGAUACGUUGAUACUCGGACCUGACAUAUUCCACAUUGACAAAGGGAUUUCAUUCAUGAGGGACUUCCUGACAUCUGGAGGAGCCCGAUCUGUGGAUGCCAUUACAUUCCAUCACUACUUUGGUAAUGGCACGGAAGGCAGACUUGCUGACUUCACAGACCCUGUGUUUAUGGAUAGGCUGAAGGUGACCCUAGACACUGUACGUAACGCUACAUCAGACGCUCCCGCUGGGACGCCACUUUGGCUUGGAGAGACGGGGUCCUUCUUUGAUCAUGGUGUGAUGAAUAUGACUAAUACAUAUGUGGAUGGAUUUCUAUGGUUGGACAAACUGGGUCUCUCAGCCCAGUCAGGCAUCAAGAAAGUUAUCCGUCAAGAUUUCUCUGGUCCUGGUUGGGCGUUUCAUAACUUGAUCGAACCUUACAUCAACUAUCCAGAGACGGACUACUGGCUUACUCUCAUAUACAAGCAACUGGUUGGCAAUAUCGUAUUUGACACAAAGGGCUCACACAACAUCAGAAUAUAUGCCCAUUGCACAAAGAACAACAAUAAAUAUGGCUAUCCAUCUGGAAGUGUCACGGUCUAUGCAAUGAAUCUUGACACCAAAGCAGCGUCCGUCACCUUUCCAAAAUCCUUAAACAGUCGCAUGGAGUUGUUUUGGCUGUCCGCAGUCGGUGACGACCCCCGAGCAAAGAAUGUACUUCUGAACCGUGUACAGUCUCUAUAUAUGGUGAACAACAAGAUCCCUGCAUUCCGUCCUCGAUCCAAGACAGGAGGACCACUCCUCCUGCCCCCGCGGACGUACGGCUUUGUAGUCUUCCCUGAUGCUGAUGUCGCUGUCUGUCACUGAUGAGUGACCGUAAAUAAAACAUCUCUUGCAUGACA